CCGAAGGCGGUGGCGGACAGCAACUCCGCAACAGCUAUAUGUUCUGCCGCCCGCUUCUCUCGCGAGAAUAUGCAAAUGAGCGUCGCGGGCGCGCGUUGUGUGUGCGCAGCCGGUCGGGGCCUGCAGACGUCUGUGUGUCAGUGAGAGAGGUGUUGGGUGUGGGCCCCGGACUCCGCCGAGACACGGAGGCUGCGGUGUAGAGCGGCCUCGGAGCCCUCCUGUAGGAAACCUCGCGGAAGGCUAGAGGGAGACCGCGGCAGCCAGUCAGGAAGGGAAGGACCCGGGGCUGGGAGGGGGGAGGGCAUGAAGAUGGCGGACGCUAAACAGAAGAGGAACGAGCAGCUCAAGCGCUGGAUCGGCUCAGAGACGGACGUGGAGCCGCACGUCAUCAAGCGGAAGAAGACCAAGGUGAAGUUCGACGACGGGGCCGUGUUCCUGGCCGCCUGCUCCAGCGGUGACAGUGAGGAGGUGCUGAAGUUACUGGACCGGGGGGCUGACAUCAACUACGCCAAUGUGGACGGGCUCACCGCCCUGCACCAGGCUUGCAUUGAUGAUAACCUUGAGAUGGUCAAGUUCCUUGUGGAGAAUGGCGCUAGUAUUAAUCAACCAGACAAUGAAGGCUGGAUACCAUUGCACGCUGCUUCUUCCUGUGGAUACCUUGACAUAGCAGAAUAUUUAAUUAGUCAAGGAGCAAAUGUGGGGGCAGUGAAUAGUGAAGGCGACACCCCAUUAGACAUUGCCGAGGAAGAGCCGAUGGAAGAACUGCUUCAGAAUGAAGUGAAUCGUCAAGGUAUUGAUGUUGAAGCUGCUAGGAAAGAGGAAGAGAGGAUUAUGCUUCGAGAUGCAAGGCAAUGGCUGAACAGUGGGCAGAUAAAUGAUGUGCGACACACGAAAUCUGGGGGCACCGCUCUGCAUGUAGCAGCUGCAAAAGGUUACACUGAAGUUUUAAAGCUUUUAAUUCAAGCAGGUUAUGAUAUUAAUGUUAAAGAUUAUGAUGGGUGGACGCCACUCCAUGCAGCAGCUCACUGGGGUAAAGAAGAAGCUUGUAGGAUCCUUGUAGAAAAUCUGUGUGAUAUGGAUGCUGUCAACAAAGUGGGUCAAACUGCAUGUGAUGUUGCAGAUGAAGAUAUUUUAGGAUACUUAGAAGAACUUCAGAAGAAACAAAAUUUGCUUCUGAGUGAAAAACAGGAGAAGUCUCCUUUAAUUGAGUCCUCAACUACAGAAAACAAUCAGUCUCUGAAAUCACUGAAGAACAAAGAGACCUUAAUUAUUGAGCAUGAAAAGACCAUUUCAAGCAUUGAGUCACUUGAGCAAGAAAAGGCAGAUGAGGAAGAUGAAGGAAAGAAAGAUGAAUCCAGUUGUUCCAGUGAGGAAGAAGAGGAGGAAGACUCGGAAUCUGAAGCAGAAACUGAUAAAACCAAACCAUCUGCAAAUAAUCUGAACAACAGAUCUCAGAUGACCAAUGUAACUGCCCCUGCCUCGGCUUUACCAUCCGGGCAAGUCACCCCUACAUCACCAGUAAAGAAGUAUGAUUUCAUUGCACCUUUCAUGCCAGUGGUGGAUUCCGCACAACCUAAUUCAUGGAGGCAGUGCUUGCGCAGAACUGGCAUUGUCCUUGUGCCAAGUAAAGGUGACAAAUCGAUGUUCCCUACUCCUGCAACCAAAAUCUCUCCUAAGGAAGAAGAAAGGAAGGAUGAAUCUCCAGCCUCCUGGCGUCUAGGACUGCGCAAGACAGGAAGUUAUGGGGCAUUGUCUGAGAUUACUGCAUCCAAAGAAGGUCAAAAAGAGAGGGACUUCACAGGAGUCAUGCGUUCAGCUUCAAGUCCUAGGCUUUCCUCUACCCUAGACAAUAAAGAAAAGGAUAAAGAUCCCAGAGCGACCAGGCUAGCUUAUGUUGCACCAACAAUACCAAGGCGUCUUGCUAGUACAUCUGACAUAGAGGAAAAAGAGAAUAGAGAGUCCUCUAUUGGGCUGUCACGUCUUGGUGGGUCCUAUACAAGAAGAAGGUGGGAUGACGAUCUGAAGAAGAACAGUUCUGUUAAUGAAAUUUUAAAUAGCAGCUAUCAAAGAAGUGGCUCCUUUGGUAGAAGACAAGAUGAUCUCAUAAGCUCUAGUGCUCCAAGUACCACAUCUGGAUCUACACCUACUAUUACCUCUUCUGGGCUAACACGGAGUCUGUCUAACACUUUUACUACUUCAAGGAGUACUAUAGGUUCUUCAGGCUUAUCAAGCAGUACCUCAAACCGUUUAUGGGCAGACGAUAGCUCUGAAAAAGACAAGGAUACUGUCCCUACGGCAGUCACCAUUCCAGUUGCACCAACUGUUGUAAAUCCCACUACUACUUACACAUCUAUGACUACAACUUCCACUGGCACUGUUCCUUCCACAGCGGAGGUCAGGGAAAGACGCAGGUCAUAUCUCACUCCAGUUCGGGAUGAAGAGUCAGAGUCCCAAAGAAAAGCUAGAUCAAGACAAGCCAGACAGUCCAGAAGAUCCACACAAGGUGUGACGUUAACAGACCUCCAGGAAGCCGAGAAAACAAUUGGCAGAAGUCGCCCUCUUCAAACAAAAGAUCAGGAAAGCGAAGAAAAAGAAAAACAAGACAAAGAAAAACAAGAGGAAAAGAAGGAAGCAGAGAUUAAAAAUGAUGAUUACCGCUAUAGAUUUUCUCGCAGCAUGGAAGAGGUAGUGGUUUUAUAUAAUUCGAGAUACAAGCCAUCAUCAACAAGUACUACUGCUGUAUCCUCAUCCACGCCGUCACUGUCGUCAUCCACUAGUUCUUUAUAUUCUUCGAGUUUGUUAAACCGGCCAAGCAGCCUAACUGGACUCUCAUCGUCUUACUCAAACUUAUCAAGGUUUUCAUCAAAAGAGCCAGAGAGAGAUGAGGAAAGAGAGUCUGAGGACAAAUCUCAGUCCAAGUCAAUCAGAGAAAGACGACGGCCCAGGGAGAAAAGGCGGUCUACAGGGGUCUCUUUUUGGACUCAAGAUAGUGAUGAAAAUGAGCCAGAUCAUCAUUCAGAUACAGAGGACGGCCCAAUUAGGAGGGACACCAGGACUGAUUACAUAUCUCGGUAUACAACAGGAAGCACAGGUGCUUUAUCCACUGACCGAUACGAAUCAAAUAUUGGAUCAACCAGUUACUUAGAAAGAUUUCGACCUGGUCAUAGUAGAUUAGACAAAGAUGACUCCACAGACUUUAAAAAGUUAUAUGAACAGAUUAUGGCAGAAAAUGAGAAAUUGAAGGCCCAGCUGCACGACACCAACUUGGAGUUGACAGACCUAAAGUUACAACUUGAAAAAGCAACACAGAGGCAAGAAAGAUAUGCGGACAGAUCACUUUUAGAAAUUGAAAAAAGGGAAAGAAGAGCUCUGGAGAGACGAAUAUCUGAAAUGGAAGAGGAACUUAAAAUGUUACCCGACCUGAAGGCAGACAACCAGCGGCUAAAGGAUGAAAAUGGAGCCUUAAUCAGAGUUAUAAGCAAGCUUUCCAAAUAAAUGGUUUAUACGGCGGCAGCAGCAAUUAAACGGCAUUGCACACCAGUUACUCCAGUGGACCAUAACAUGGCAGUCACUGGAUAUGAGGGGGUUGGGGUAAACUACUUGGCGACUGCAAAUUUCAAAUAUCCUGCCAAACUCCCUUUUUCUUUUGUACAAAAAAUGUUUGUUUUGUAUUAAAAUGUGGCUGCUGACUAUGAAUGACUAUGAAUUCUUGUUUACAGUUACAUCGUGCAAGGAAAGUGUUCAAGGCCUGACGCCUCCUGUAUUUAACCAGUAAGCCUUAGUUGUACAUAAGCCUCCUGCAAUCCAAAAGCUUUCUGCGAUUACAAAAGACAGUUACUACAUACUUGAUGUUGUGCCACACAUGAGAUCCAUAUAUAUAUUUAAAAAGAAUCAUUUUUUUUAUUUUUAACUUGUGUAACUCUGUUGAGAUUUUAACUCUGAGUGUGCCAGCAGUUUUCUUCAUGCACUGUUUAUAGGCCGCUAUUUGCAGAAACCGCUGUGGCUUUCUGGAGCCUGAACUGGCGAAGCUUGGCUGGAACAUGUAUUUCAGCAGAUGACAGUCCAAAAAUUGACGUAUUGGUUUACAGCACCUAUAACGGCAGCACCAAGGCACCUGUUUUUGUAUUGCUUAUAUUUGACUACUCUUAUUAGUCGGGGCAGUUGCAUUUCUCGUUUGUCGAAUAUCCAUUUCCUCAGCGGAAAUCUAUUUCCCCCUCUUUUUUUUUUUUUUCUUUUUUUUUUCUUCUAAGAAGGCUUCAACGAGCUUCUCAGUACUGUAGCUUUCACUAAUUUUAGCAGGUACUGUGUGCGUGUGUGUAUAUAUUUGUGUGCUUGUGUGUGUAUGUAUAUGUAUAUAUGUGUGUGUGUAUAUGUGUGUGUGUGUUUAUAUUCACAUACAUACAUAUACACACAUGGAGAAUCCUUAUUGCGUUUCCAUACCACUGUGUGGCAUGCUCAACUUGGCCUCUCGGCAACGUCUGUUACUCCAGGUUAAAGAUUGUUCCUAAAUAGUGAUCUUAAUAAAACUUGGUCAUUUUAUUGUAUCUUGUCUGUUUUCCGGAGGCGUGACUUCAAUUUAUAGCUGUAAAAAAAUCUGAUUCUUUUCUUUAAGUCACAACUAUUAAACGUAUAUUAUUUCACUACAUUUCAUGUUUCUUUUGAGUACUGUCGAUAUCCUUUGUGCUAGCCAGAGUGAAGUCACUAUGUGUAUACUCCUAACAUGCACUCUGUUGUGUAAAUGCACUGUUGCCAUGUCAGAAGGCAUGUCAAUUAAUACCACCGUCAUAUCUAUCCGUUUUCUACAUUUCAGUGGCCUUUUUGCAGAAAGUAACCAAUAUUAUAAAUAUGUAUGUGUAUGCGGCUAAGUGAGUUGAUGCUUUCUCGUUAUUUUUACUUUUGUUAGCUUUUUAUAUAUUUCACUGACCCAUGAACAGUGUAAUACUGGCACAUGAAUCUAAUCCACUGAAAAAGCUUGGUAAUUAAAACAAAACUGUAAAUUGUAAAGCUUGCAGCAGCUAUUGUAUUGUUGACUAUAAUGUAUACUAUAUUAAAUGUGAAUUUGUACCCCUAUAAUUUGCAAAAACAAAAAAGGUCAUUGUGAUCUACUGCCUAUAUUUUGUGGGUUUUGUUUUCUUUUUGGGUAUCCAAACUUGAUGUCCUCCUGUUGGUUUCUACAUUUUAUGAAGAUACAUAGCCUGUCUUUUACUGCCAAGCUCAGGAUUCUUGACUUUUAAAAGGUACAAAGAUAGUUGUGGGAUUUUGUUAUAUUCAUUUAAUAUGUGUGUGGGGGUGUUAGGGAUUUUGCAUCUUGAGGAUGCAGAAAAGAAAAUAAGAAAAAAACCGGGCAGCUGAUGUGGCUUCCUGGAGAUGCAAGUUUAAUUAUUAUGGACUGUACUUGGUAAAGCUUGGGUGUCUGUGAAGAAUGAUGAUAUAUUUCUAAUUUAGUAUUUUAUAUUUAGGUUAUUUAUUCUUUAUCUGAAACAGAUUGGCUACUAUGCUACAUUGAUUUUAUUGGUAGUAUUGAGCAGGCUCUGUAUCUGCAUGAAACUUGUAACAAAACCUAAUCUUUUGGAGAAAAGUGUAUUUUGACAUAUACAAAUAAAAAUGAAUUAAAGUAUU